CCGUCUCCGCCAUCGAGCUCUCUUGGUCGAGCCACAUCGAGCCCUUCGUCCUCGCAGUCGCCUACAUCGUCGUCGUCGCUCCCCCUCACUCUUCAUCAUGUCUUCAACAGCAUCGGCAUCAGCUUCAGCGUCAGGCUCGCAGACGACGUCUGGGUCAAGUGGCAGUCAGUCCGCCUCUGGCUCUGGCUCCUCCAGCGUCAGCAUCCCCAAAACCGCCGCUGCUGGAGGGAUCACCAUCACUCAGCCAGCGCAGACGUCGACCGCGUUCUUCAAAAUUGCGUCUGGCCAGCCCAUCACAUUCGCUUGGAACUUCACCUCCCUAUACGUCACUCCCACCUCCCUCACCGUCUCCGCCAUCUGCGACAACGGUAUCACAUACCCUGUCGGUCCUACCGAUGGUGUCAUUCCCGGAACGGCUACUAGCGUAGUCUGGGAUGUGUAUGACUUCCAGCAGUCCAACCCGAACUCGCCCUUAGCACAAGCAACAUACACGCUGGAGGUUUUUGAUUCUAGAGGCGCAGGAGCAGCCCAGUCCGCGGGACUUUUCUCACCGAACAACAAUCUCAAGUUCGCGCUCUACACUCCUCAGCCGUAUACUCCGAUUGCUUCAGGAUGGUCAUGCAGCGGUUGCAACAACGGUUCGCUCUCAUCUUAUACCGCACACCCGGCCUUCGUCAGCAUCUUCGCCACCAUAAUCGUCAUGAUCCUAUCCGGGUUCGCCCUCUUCCGACAAACCUUGCAUUAGUUCGAUGUACCUCCUUCGCCCCUCUCCACGCGCAUCAGGCACUGCACCACUCCGCCCUUAUCGAAUGCAGUCAUGCGCGCACUUGCAUUGUUUCUCAACCAGGACAGUAGUGUGACUCUACAGAGGAGUUUUUCCAUUCGGACUUUUAUUUUCGGGUAUGUUAGGAUUGUUCUUGGACUUCUUCUCCGGACCUUUAUUUUGGGUACCUUUCGGUCGUGUCGAAACGCUGCCACCCAUCUAUCACCACGACCAAUCACCGUGACAUUCAUACGCACGCCCUCUGCUUUUAUGUCCAUCCCCCACUUACGCCCCUCAUCCUCACUCUCACUGCGCACUCGCACGACCCUCCUAUACGCAUAUGAUAACCUUUGGACGCUCUGACGUUCUUUAAUAUCUCCCCUCUUCGAUUAGUGUUGGACUUGGACUUCUGACAAUGUCUAUUGAAUGUCUAUAGGCACUGUUAUUUACGGACAUUUUGGCUUAUCUGCUCCCGCUGUCGACCAUGUAGUUGUGUGCGUUGCCUCUGAGAAUGUCUCUU